AGACAGCUCGCGAUAGCAAGGAUGCAUUAGGCCAAAGAACCACUAACGAACGUAUGACACAAUGGUGGUUCAAGAAAUUCCGCAUCGGUGACGAGAGCCUUGAAGAUAAAGAGCACAAUGGUCGGCCACAUGAUGUCCACGGCGAAGCCGUGGUGGAAGCAUACCUGCGCACAUCUGUUUGUGAAAUUGCGAAGGAGCUUGAUGUAAGAACCCAUGUCAAACUUUCUCUGAAUAACAACAUUCAGGGCAAACCGUAUCAUUGCAGUUUUGAAUGCGACGAAAAGGAGGAAACAGUAAUCAAGCUACAAAGCAGUGGUUGUGCUGCACAAGAGGGUGGCUGUAAGCAUGGUGUACCGCUAUUAAUGUGGCUGCACAGAAGAAGCGAAGAACCACCAUGCACUUCCGAGAAGUGCUACUGGACAAAUGCCAGAUUACCUACUAUUGGCACAAACGUGCGUCUGAAGGAGUUGCCAGCUGGUUGUGCUGUUGGAUUGGUGGGGAGUCGAGGAGUUGUUAGCAUAAAUUCUACCGUAGAACGAAAUGAGAGAACUGGGGAGCAUGAAAUCAUAUGGAACAGGGUUAACAUGGAAAUCCAACUGAAGAUUUUGGCGAAAGUGACGACACAUUUCGAGACCUUACUGUCGAAGGACCAGCAAUUGUUAUGA